AAUGUUGACAAAUGACAUUAAAAAUUAAGGAAUACAAAGUUAAUUUUGCCUUUGGUCUUUUUCAAAUAAAAUAUAAAUUAAAAUCAUGUCGUUUCGUAGCGAUUUUAAGCAAUUACUCAAACCUUAUUACUGGAUUAAUAUAUUACUCAGUAUAUCCUAUGUUACGUGCAAGAGAACAGGAUUUAUAUGCAACUUUUUAUUUCCCGAUGUGGAUUGUGAAUUGGACAGCCGAGAAACGGAAAUCCUAUUUUUCUUAAUCAUCGUCGUUAUGCUGAGGACUCGAAAGGCGGGCAGUGUGACCAUGGUCAAUUACUUAUCCGCUUCUUUCGUUUAUACUAAAAUUGCGAACCUAAUACUAUGGUUAUACGCUGAUGUAAGAUACGGCUUACCAUAUGGUGCCAUCCUAAUCCUAGCUGCACUCCUCCUCCCUGAACCUACAUACUCUGGUCCCGAGCAUGUCACCUACUUCCGCGGCCUCCAGACCUUAGAAGAUGAGCUUAAGAGACAUAAGAGUACAACCUGGGUGAUCUGCCUGUAUGCAGCUUGGCAUCCGGCCUGUGUGAACUUUGCCCCUGUGUUUUCUGAGCUCUCUGCAAGCUAUGGACUGGAUAAUCUGAAGUUUGGCAAGAUUGAUGUUGGCAGAUAUCCUGAAGCUGCAGCAAAAUAUAGAGUGCAGGAUGGUCCCACCAGCAGACAGCUGCCGACUGUGCUGGUGCUCAGUGAGGGUCAGGAGAAGAUGAGGAGGCCACAAGCUGAUCAUACUGGAAAGCUACAGAAGUUCCUAUUCUCCAAAGACAACAUGAAAGCAGCUUUUGAUCUGGAUGGACUCUACCAGGAAUGCAAGACAAAGUUAGCCGCUGUGAAAGCCAAGAAGACAGAAAAGACCGAGUAG